AUGACUAAUCAACAACAACCCACGAUCGCUUCAAGAGUGAAUCACAUCAAAGAAGCUUGGUACGAGAAUAGACCGGCGUAUGGCAUCAUUACCAAAGCUCCUGGUGCGGGGCUUGUCAGGACGCUCGCCGGACUUAAAAGAUAUGGAUUAGACUUCAUCGUCUUGGACGCCGAGCAUGGAAACUACGACGAGAAGUCUCAGUUUGAUGCAUAUCAUUCUAUUGCUGCUCUCGGUGUUUCUCCUAUCGCUCGAUGUCCCGGAAUGGGAAGUGAGAAGUGGGGCAUCAGAGUAGCUUUGGACGCUGGCGCGCAUGGGAUCAUGAUUCCUCUCCUGGAGACCAAGGAGCAAGCUGAAGAUGUGGUCUUUCGAGCUAAAUUCCCACCCCACGGUGGCAGGACUUCAGGUGGUAGUUUUCAUACUCAAGCAUUUCAUUUAGAGCCUCACGGUAGAACCUUAACACAAGAGGAAUAUUUCAAGAAUGCGAAUGAAUCAACGUUGCUCAUUCCUAUUAUCGAAACUAGGCUGGGUUUGGAGAACAUCGAGGAAAUUGUCCAGGUCAAAGGUAUAGAUGCCAUUUUCAUUGGACAAUAUGAUCUUGCUUUAUCACUUGGAUCCCUCCCGCAGUCCGAUCCAAAAGUACAGGACGGAGUGAAGAAGAUUUUCGAGACUGCCAAAAAGGCGGGUGUACCGGUAAUCGCUUGGUCACCCGGACAAGAAGCUAAAGAAGCCGUAAAACAAGGUUACGAAGGAAUCAUUACCGGAUUAGAUACAACAGUAGUAGUUAACGCCUUUAAGGAUCAAUUGGAUAUUGCUGGUGCUCCUAAGAGGUGGUGA